GGCUUUAUAACUUUCGUAAUGACAUACAGUCCCUGCGGCUAUGCAAGUUGCUGCCAUCGAGAAAGUGACGCCACCUGCUACAUCUCCAGAAGAAACACUAAAUUACAUAACUUUCCUUACAAAAAUGUCGUUGGAAAAUCAUUGGGAUUCGGUGUCUUCUUCAAUAAAUACUGAGUGAGGCAAAUUUCCGUUUAAGUCAUGAAAAUAAAGCACAGCAUGGGGAAUCACUUUUCCCAGCACGGGUUUCAAUAUCUAAACGUCAUUCAUCGUUGCCAUGGAUUUAGAUGAAUUGCGGCAUUGAACAAUUUUAAGGACGUGUGGUUUGUAUUUUAAACUUUUUGAAUACAGUCAAAUCAUUAAUUGGAAGACUAAUUAGUGAACGUGAGAUUACCAUUCCACCUGCGUUUAAACUAGAAGAUUUAUGAUGAAACUGUCAAACGCGCGAUCCUCCAUAAUGGCGCAUCAAAUAGUUAACGCUUUCUUGUUGAUACUUUGGAUUGCAAAUUCAGAUGCUGCAAAUGUUUCAAUCUGCCCUCAAAGCUUCCCGAAUCUAACGAUAAACUGGUUGCCAUUUAUGCCUCACAUUGAACAGAAUGCAUCUGGCGGGGUCGAUGGGGAUCUGCACAAUUAUUUUACCAAAGCUCAAUUUCAAUGUAAUUGCCCUCAAACAAAUCUACUUUUCAACAAACUCAACGUAUCUUCAUCGUCUGCGAUGGAAAUCGCCAUCAGGCGAACUCCAUACAACACGCCACCAGAGCUAUUUUUCCCCGUGGUGGCUAACAGGAAGGAAGAUAAACAUUUUCAGAGGAAGUUUCUUGAGCUGUAUAUCUCGCCGGGCCCAGCCAUCGUCAAGUUCAAGUUUGGUUCAUGGGACGAGAAGCUUGGCCCGCUUCAACUGUUUCAGAACUCUGCGCCGUAUUUGAUUAUUUGUGUUCUUCUAGCCAUAGUAGCAGGAUUUGUUGUUUGGGCCAUGGAAGUACGAAGCAAUUCAGAGCAGUUUUCCAGACCAUUCCCGCACGGGGUCCUUAUUGGUAUCUGGUGGGCAUUCGUUACCAUGACAACUGUAGGGUACGGGGACAAGGCGCCAUCCACGGUAAUUGGUCGAAUGUUUGGCAUCGUGUGGAUGAUUAUUGGAACCGUGAUAAUGUCGCUCUUCUCCGGCCAAAUGACGGCCGAUCUCGCUUCGAAUGUCUUGUCUCGAGAUGUGUCUAUCGCAGGGAGGGACGUUGGAGUACAAAUAGGGAUGGCGACGUUCUACACCAAGGAAACUAAUCUCGGCGGUAAUUAUAAAGAACUGGAAACGAAAGAGAUCGAGAAAGAAUUUACCAAGCCAUCUGGGAAGAUUAAAUACUUCCUUGGCCAUGACUACAAAAAAGCUCAAACAUAUACUAAUCGCUAUGUCGAUAAGUCACAGCUUGUUAGGAACAUUGAGCAUCAAUUUUCGAUCGGUGCGGUGGUCAGUGGAAACUUUGGGAUUGCACAAGACUUCAUUCUUUGCCUGCAUCGUGAAAUCACUGACAUGAUAGCGAUUGAAGAGGCAAAAGUAACAGGUGUUGAGGAUCCUACCAACAGUGAUGGUACAGGCCUGCAAGCGUUAGGCUUCGAACAGCCCGUGUUCUACGGCAUCAUUUCCGGGCUUUUUGUUGUCUUUUGUAUUAUGGGGAUCGUCUGGGAGUGCCGCCGCCGUUCUGAGCUCAGAAAAGGAGGCAGUAUAACAACAAAAGAUGUCGAACGAGCGAGAGAUGCGCCUCUUGCCAUGAGUAACGCGUGGGUGGCUACGACUGAUAGUAGCACCAUCACUACAAUAGCCUGAGCAACAUAAGCCAGACAGAUAGGAGCACCAUCACUACAAUAGCUUGAGCAACAUAAGCCAGACAGAUAGUAGCACCAUCACUCUGCAAUAGCCUGAGCAUCAUAAGCCAGACAGAUAGGAGCACCAUCACUACAAUAGCCUGAGAAACAUAAGCCAGACAGAUAGAAGCACCAUCACUCUGCAAUAGCCUGAGCAUCAUAAGCUAGACAGAUAGUAGCACCAUCACUACAAUAGCCUGAGCAACAUAAGCCAGACAGAUAGUAGCACCAUCACUACAAUAGCCUGAGCAACAUAAGCCAGACAAAUAGAAGCACCAUCACUACAAUAGCCUGAGCAACAUAAGCCAGACAGAUAGGAGCACCAUCACUCUGCAAUAGCCUGAGCAACAUAAGCCAGACAGAUAGGAGCACCAUCACUCUGCAAUAGCCUGAGCAUCAUAAGCCAGACAGAUAGGAGCACCAUCACUCUGCAAUAGCCUGAGCAACAUAAGCCAGACAGAUAGGAGCACCAUCACUCUGCAAUAGCCUGAGCAUCAUAAGCCAGACAGAUAGGAGCACCAUCACUACAAUAGCCUGAGCGUCAUAAGCCAGACAGAUAGUAGCACCAUCACUACAAUAGCCUGAGCAUUAUGAGCCAGACAGAUAGAAGCACCAUCACUCUGCAAUAGCCUGAGCAUUAUAAGCCAGACAAAUAGAAGCACCAUCACUACAAUAGCCUGAGCAACAUAAGCCAGACAGAUGGGAGCACCAUCACUACAAUAGCCUGAGCAACAUAAGCCAGACAGAUAGUAGCACCAUCACUCUGCAAUAGCUUGAGCAACAUAAGCCAGACAGAUAGAAGCACCAUCACUACAAUAGCCUGAGCAACAUAAGCCAGACAGAUAGGAGCACCAUCACUCUGCAAUAGCCUGAGCAACAUAAGCCAGACAGAUAGGAGCACCAUCACUCUGCAAUAGCCUGAGCAUUAUAAGCCAGACAGAUAGGAGCACCAUCAGUCUGCAAUAGCCUGAGCAACAUAAGCCAGACAGAUAGGAGCACCAUUACUACAAUAGCCUGAGAAACAUAAGCCAGACAGAUAGGAGCACCAUCACUACAACAGCCUGAGCAACAUAAGCCAGACAGAUAGGAGCACCAUCACUCUGCAAUAGCCUGAGCAACAUAAGCCAGACAGAUAGGAGCACCAUCACUCUGCAAUAGCCUGAGCAUUAUAAGCCAGACAGAUAGUAGCACCAUCACUCUGCAAUAACCUGAGCAUCAUAAGCCAGACAGAUAGGAGCACCAUCACUCUACAAUAGCCUGAGCAACAUAAGCCAGACAGAUAGGAGCACCAUCACUACAAUAGCCUGAGCAUCAUAAGCCAGACAGAUAGGAGCACCAUCACUACAAUAGCCUUAGCAACAUAAGCCAGACAGAUAGGGGCACCAUCACUACAAUAGCCUGAGCAACAUAAGCCAGACAGAUAGGAGCACCAUCACUACAAUAGCCUGAGCAUCAUAAGCCAGACAGAUAGUAGCACCAUCACUACAAUAGCCUGAGCAACAUAAGCCAGACAGAUAGUAGCACCAUCACUCUGCAAUAACCUGAGCAUCAUAAGCCAGACAGAUAGGAGCACCAUCACUACAAUAGCCUGAGCAACAUAAGCCAGACAGAUUGGGGCACCAUCACUACAAUAGCCUGAGCAUCAUAAGCCAGACAGAUAGGAGCACCAUCACUACAAUAGCCUGAGCAUCAUAAGCCAGACAGAUAGGAGCACCAUCACUACAAUAGCCUGAGCAUCAUAAGCCAGACAGAUAGUAGCACCAUCACUCUGCAAUAACCUGAGCAUCAUAAGCCAGACAGACAGGAGCACCAUCACUACAAUAGCCUGAGCAUUAUAAGCCAGAAAGAUAGGAGCACCAUCACUCUGCAAUAGCCUGAGCAACAUAAGCCAGACAGAUAGUAGCACCAUCACUCUGCAAUAACCUGAGCAUCAUAAGCCAGACAGAUAGUAGCACCAUCACUCUGCAAUAGCCUGAGCAACAUAAGCCAGACAGAUAGGAGCACCAUCACUACAAUAGCCUGAGCAUUAUAAGCCAGAAAGAUAGGAGCACCAUCACUACAAUAGCCUGAGCAUUAUAAGCCAGACAGAUAGGAGCACCAUCACUACAAUAGCCUGAGCAACAUAAGCCAGACAGAUAGGAGCACCAUCACUCUGCAAUAGCCUUAGCAACAUAAGCCAGACAGAUAGUAGCACCAUCACUACAAUAGCCUGAGCAUUAUAAGCCAGACAGAUUGUAGCACCAUCACUCUGCAAUAGCCUGAGCAUUAUAAGCCAGACAGAUAGGAGCACCAUCACUCUGCAAUAGCCUGAGCAUCAUAAGCCAGACAGAUAGAAGCACCAUCACUACAAUAGCCUGAGAAACAUAAGCCAGACAGAUAGGAGCACCAUCACUCUGCAAUAGCCUGAGCAUUAUAAGCCAGACAGAUAGGAGCACCAUCACUACAAUAGCCUGAGCAACAUAAGCAAGACAGAUAGUAGCACCAUCACUCUGCAAUAGCCUGAGCAUUAUAAGCCAGACAGAUAGGAGCACCAUCAGUCUGCAAUAGCCUGAGCAACAUAAGCCAGACAGAUAGAAGCACCAUUACUACAAUAGCCUGAGCAACAUAAGCCAGACAGAUAGGAGCACCACCACUACAAUAGCCUGAGCAACAUAAGCCAGACAGAUAGGAGCACCAUCACUACAAUAGCUUGAGCAACAUAAGCCAGACAGAUAGUAGCACCAUCACUCUGCAAUAGCCUGAGCAUCAUAAGCCAGACAGAUAGGAGCACCAUCACUACAAUAGCCUGAGAAACAUAAGCCAGACAGAUAGAAGCACCAUCACUCUGCAAUAGCCUGAGCAACAUAAGCCAGACAGAUAGUAGCACUAUCACUACAAUAGCCUGAGCAACAUAAGCCAGACAGAUAGGAGCACCAUCACUACAAUAGCCUGAGCAACAUAAGCCAGACAAAUAGAAGCACCAUCACUACAAUAGCCUGAGCAACAUAAGCCAGACAGAUAGGAGCACCAUCACUCUGCAAUAGCCUGAGCAACAUAAGCCAGACAGAUAGGAGCACCAUCACUACAAUAGCCUGAGCGUCAUAAGCCAGACAGAUAGUAGCACCAUCACUACAAUAGCCUGAGCAUUAUGAGCCAGACAGAUAGAAGCACCAUCACUCUGCAAUAGCCUGAGCAUUAUAAGCCAGACAAAUAGAAGCACCAUCACUACAAUAGCCUGAGCAACAUAAGCCAGACAGAUGGGAGCACCAUCACUACAAUAGCCUGAGCAACAUAAGCCAGACAGAUAGUAGCACCAUCACUCUGCAAUAGCUUGAGCAACAUAAGCCAGACAGAUAGAAGCACCAUCACUACAAUAGCCUGAGCAACAUAAGCCAGACAGAUAGGAGCACCAUCACUCUGCAAUAGCCUGAGCAACAUAAGCCAGACAGAUAGGAGCACCAUCACUCUGCAAUAGCCUGAGCAUUAUAAGCCAGACAGAUAGGAGCACCAUCAGUCUGCAAUAGCCUGAGCAACAUAAGCCAGACAGAUAGGAGCACCAUUACUACAAUAGCCUGAGAAACAUAAGCCAGACAGAUUGGGGCACCAUCACUACAAUAGCCUGAGCAUCAUAAGCCAGACAGAUAGGAGCACCAUCACUACAAUAGCCUGAGCAUCAUAAGCCAGACAGAUAGGAGCACCAUCACUACAAUAGCCUGAACAACAUAAGCCAGACAGAUAGUAGCACCAUCACUCUGCAAUAACCUGAGCAUCAUAAGCCAGACAGACAGGAGCACCAUCACUACAAUAGCCUGAGCAACAUAAGCCAGACAGAUAGUAGCACCAUCACUCUGCAAUAACCUGAGCAUCAUAAGCCAGACAGAUAGUAGCACCAUCACUACAAUAGCCUGAGCGUCAUAAGCCAGACAGAUAGUAGCACCAUCACUACAAUAGCCUGAGCAACAUAAGCCAGACAGAUAGUAGCACCAUCACUACAAUAGCCUGAGCAUCAUAAGCCAGACAGAUAGUAGCACCAUCACUCUGCAAUAGCCUGAGCAACAUAAGCCAGACAGAUAGGAGCACCAUCACUACAAUAGCCUGAGCAUUAUAAGCCAGAAAGAUAGGAGCACCAUCACUACAAUAGCCUGAGCAUUAUAAGCCAGACAGAUAGGAGCACCAUCACUACAAUAGCCUGAGCAACAUAAGCCAGACAGAUAGGAGCACCAUCACUCUGCAAUAGCCUUAGCAACAUAAGCCAGACAGAUAGUAGCACCAUCACUACAAUAGCCUGAGCAUUAUAAGCCAGACAGAUUGUAGCACCAUCACUCUGCAAUAGCCUGAGCAUUAUAAGCCAGACAGAUAGGAGCACCAUCACUCUGCAAUAGCCUGAGCAUCAUAAGCCAGACAGAUAGGAGCACCAUCACUCUACAAUAGCCUGAGAAACAUAAGCCAGACAGAUAGGAGCACCAUCACUCUGCAAUAGCCUGAGCAUUAUAAGCCAGACAGAUAGGAGCACCAUCACUACAAUAGCCUGAGCAACAUAAGCCAGACAGAUAGUAGCACCAUCACUGCAAUAGCCUGAGAAACAUAAGCCAGACAGAUAGGAGCACCAUCACUACAAUAGCCUGAGCAACAUAAGCCAGACAGAUAGGAGCACCAUCACUACAAUAGCCUGAGCAACAUAAGCCAGACAGAUGGUAGCACCAUCACUCUGCAAUAGCCUGAGCAACAUAAGCCAGACAGAUAGUAGCACCAUUACUACAAUAGCCUGAGCAACAUAAGCCAGACAGAUAGGAGCACCAUCACUACAAUAGCCUGAGCAACAUAAGCCAGACAGAUUGUAGCACCAUCACUCUGCAAUAGCCUGAGCAUUAUAAGCCAGACAGAUAGGAGCACCAUCACUACAAUAGCCUGAGCAACAUAAGCCAGACAGAUAGUAGCACCAUCACUACAAUAGCCUGAGCAACAUAAGCCAGACAGAUUGUAGCACCAUCACUCUGCAAUAGCCUGAGCAACAUAAGCCAGACAGAUAGAAGCACCAUCACUCUGCAAUAGCCUAAGCAUCAUAAGCCAGACAGAUAGGAGCACCAUUACUACAAUAGCCUGAGCAACAUAAGCCAGACAGAUAGGAGCACCAUCACUACAAUAGCCUGAGCAACAUAAGCCAGACAAGGGAGCACGGCAGAAUGUUUCAUUUACUACAAAAAUCACCACUUUGUUAUGCAA